GCUUGAUAUAAUAAUAAUAAUAAAAAAAUAAAUAAAUAAAAAAAAACUUUGAUUUUUAUUUGAAUGUUUUUUCGAGCGCAACUUAAAACUGACAACGUCAUGAAAACUAAUAUAAAAAACAACAACAACAUUAAUAAUAAUAAUAAUAACGAUAAUGCAAGCAAAAAUAACAACAAUAAUAUUGAUAGCAAAGUCAACAUUAACCCCAAGAGCCCGAAAGUUGUUAAAGUCGUCUUCGACAAUCGUAUUAAGCGUAAAAAUGUUUUAGCGCUUAAUGAAAAAGUGGCCGCUAUUCGUGAGUAUGAAAAGCGUCCCAUUUAUAAGCGUAUCGGACGUAUGUUUCACUGUAGUCCCGAUCAGAUCAAACGUAUUGUCCAACAGAAAGAUGCAAUUUUAAGCGCCUGGGAACAGAGGACCCGUAAACGAGAUGCGAAAACGUUGGAAAUGAAAGUCGUACGUGUCUCUAUGUUAGGCAAGGCUGUCUAUGAAUGGAUAAGACGCAUGAUGUACUAUAAGGACAUAUUAAUUACGGACGGACUGAUACAAAAGAUGGCUUUGCAAUUUAAAAGUGCUAUGGGCUUACAGAAUUUCUUUCCACAUCAGGAUUGGUGCGAUAAAUUUCGCCAAAUAUAUCAGGUUACAGAGACUGAUAGUAAAUUGUUAAAUAUCGGUUACACAACCGGUCACUCGGUCCAGAUAAAGGAUGUGAUUAAAGAUGUGCUAUCUGAAUGCUCACCGGAAGAUGAAAAGCUAAAGGAAGAGGAGAUCCGAGAUGAUAGGCGGGAACAUGAAUUUAUUGAAAAUGUAGACGGUAUUAAAAGAGUGGAAAACAAUCUCCGCAAUCAGCAAGCGACAAUUACAACCCAAGCUUUACCAUUACCGCACUUACAAGGUCUACGGCAACUGGUAGCGCUACCUAUACAAACAAAUGGUCUAUCGGGUGCAGGUCAAAAAGUUCUAGUCGCUACUCCUAUAACUACAACCGGACAGCGAACAGGAGCGACACCUAUGACAAUGACAAUCAUUCCUUUAGCAACUAUAGCACAAUCUAACCAGUCCGUAAACACUAAUUUAACCUCUCAAAACAAUCUUCCUAGAGGUGCUGCCUCAAAUAAUACAGAUAUUCAACAAAUUACAGUACCACCACCCAUGACCGAGAUAAAAAAGGAAAUUAAAGAAGAACCCAAAGAUUUAGACGGCGAUGAGGAUGAUGAUGAUGAUUUCCUUAUGGCGGAUACAAUACAAAUCAAAAAAGAAUAUCAAAGCGAUGAUAAUAAUGAAGAGGAACAAAUGGGCGAAAUUUUAAAUAUAGAAAAUAAUUGCAAACAGUUGAACAUGGAAAACAUUGCCGUAUUGGAAACAAAAAACCGAACAAAAGAUAACGAUAAGCUGACAAUAGAAGAAGAAUCCACCAAUGACUCUUUAGAGGAUGUAGCUUUGGCUAAAUUACAAAAGCGUAUAAAAGAUGAAAAUAUUACACACGCACAAGUAGAACAGGAACAGCAAAUACUAUCUGAAAGCCUACGAUAUAAUAAUAGUCCUCAAAGGAUACCAGCUCAUAUUCCGUCUCUGCCGGCGCCAGCGCAACCGACACUUAGACCCAUGCCUCCUUUAAUUAAGGCGCCAAUUAUUAGCUUAAAUACCAGCCAUUUAAAUCGUACGACUACAAAUCGGCGUUUACGUUCCCAAGAGGAUUACGUAUCUUUACCGGCGAUAAGAACUUGCUCCGAAGCUCGAACAUAUCUAAAAUUGUUGGAGGAUUUCGCAUUAGAACGUGAAAGCUUCCGUUUAAUUGGGUUAAUAACAAGAGCUGAUGAAGUCUUACGUGAAUUAGAUCGCAAAGAUCAUGGGUCCGACGAAGACGAUGAAGAUAUUGAAUGAUUUUUUUUUCUCAAUUUAAACGAAUAUAUGUUGUACAUAUUAAUCGAUAGUUUUAGAUAUUAUUAUAAAAUAUGAAAUUUAUAAGAUAAAACAACCAAAGAGUGUUAAUUGUUAUUUUAUAGAUU